AUGGCUAACGCCGUUACUUCGUCAGCUUCGACCAUGAAUGGCGAUACCCAUGCCAAUUUAAAACUGACAACCUCUCUCCCUAAAUCCUCCAAAAUAAAUCAUGUCGCGGCUCCAAUUCUGCCUACUUCCAAUUCGCCUUCGACGCCAUUAUACACCCCUUCUCUUACAACCACUCCAAAUUCUCUUCGUCCAACCCUCGCCCCUUCAAAUGCAUCGAGUCCCUCAACCACACCUCUGCAGAUAGCUACAGACGGGCUUCGAGGUCGCAUAUCUUCAUUUCCUACUAUCCCACCUUCUUCGCUCGACCUGGGAGAGUCAAUGAUGGCAUUUCCGGGUGCUGCCACUGCCUCAGGCUCGGGAGAGGCUCUCAACAAUGCCAACAAAGGCCCCGGCUUGAUGCGCAGAAUUUCUCGGGGUGCAGCCCAUAAACUUACCCGGAGACGACAAUCCACCUCUCACAAUGAGAAGCGUGAUAGGAGCUCCGGUCCGGUUAUCAUGCGCAGGCGCAGUGACAGUAAAACCGGGACUCAGAAUACCCGUGAAAAUGCAUUGGAGUCCAGUAACGAGGAAGACAGCAACGAUGCCUUGGAAUCUCUCGGCAUCUGGUAUGGCUCAGACGCAUCUAGCUUGCCCAACGACAACCCUAUCGGCCUUGCUCGCAAUGCUGGUGCUAUUGCACCCAAAGUUGACUCAGCAAUCCAGCGUGGUACCAUUCUGACGAAGGUCACAAGGAAGAGGAGAAAGCAGGUUCGCUUUUUCCUUGACCUUGACGCGGGGAAAGUUUACUGGGAUGUUUCUAAUCCAGCCAAAAGGUUUUAUAUUGAUGAUAUCAAAGAGAUUCGCGUCGGCGCUGAUGCGCGCAAUUACCGCGAGGAGCAUCAGGUCGCCCAGAAUGCGGAAAAUCGUUGGUUUACGAUUGUUAUUGCUAAUGCCGAACGGUCUAAGGGGCGGGCUGUCAAAACAUUGCACCUUAUUGCUCCCAACGACCAUAUCCUCGAUCUCUGGACUACCACGCUUGAAGACAUCUCGCGCUAUAGAAUCGGCCUUAUGGCUGGCCUGGCGGGGUCCAGCCAGAGUGAUGCCGUUUUAAAAGCACAUUGGCAGCGCGAGAUGUCACGAUUAUUUCCCCACGGGGUGAUGAAACCGGGCGAGGACGAGAGCCUCGAUUUCGGAGCUGUCGAGGGCAUUUGUCACAACUUGCACAUCAACUGCUCCAAGACAAUGCUCCGUAUGCAAUUCACAAAAGCAGAUUCUGGUGCCAAAGGCAAGUUGAACUUUGAUGAAUUCAAGUGCUUUGUUGCGCUCCUGAAAGAACGGAAGGAUAUUCAGGACAUCUUCAAGAGCAGUACCGAGGAUCACGAGGGCCUUAGCGCCGACGAGUUUUUGGCCUUCCUGCGCGACGUACAGAACGAGGAUGUCGAUUCUGAUCGGUCUUAUUGGAUCUCUGUUUUCGAUAAAUACGUCCGAAAGUCGAAGAUGCGUACGCCAAGCUCGCCCGAUAUUGGUGAUGGCUCGGUUCCUCGGAUGGGUAUUGAUGCUUUCUCGUCCUUUCUGUCGUCUUCCUGGAAUGGGAUAUAUGCUUCUCAACCCCCUCAGUCAAGAUUUGACAGGCCCCUAAACGAGUAUUUCAUUUCUAGUUCACAUAACACCUAUCUCUUGGGGCGCCAGGUCGCUGGCGCAUCCAGCACCGAAGCAUACAUAAGUGCCUUGUCCCAGGGCUGUCGCUGCGUGGAGAUUGACUGCUGGGAUGGCGCUGACGGUCGGCCUAUUGUGUCACAUGGAAGGACUAUGACUACGAGCGUCUUGUUUGCCGAUUGCAUCACUGUCAUCAACCGAUAUGCAUUUAUCACAACUGACUUUCCUCUUAUUCUCUCUCUGGAAGUGCACUGUAAUCCGGAGCAGCAGUCAGCAAUGGUGAAAAUCAUGAAGGAGACCUUCAAGGAUCAGCUUGUGCUUGAGCCGCUCCUUACAAACACGUUUGUCCUUCCAUCCCCCGAAGAGCUGAAUGGCCGUGUUCUUGUGAAAGUCAAGACAUGUGAUGAGCCCCAAGCAGAGAUGCGACAAGAAUCGACUGGAUCACUAGCCAGUACAGGUCGUAAGCGCAGCUCAAGCUCGCCCUUCAUGCGCCCAGCUGUACCCGAAAGCCCAAGUAUCGCAGGCAUUGCUCCACUUUGCAAUGGCUCUGCUCUUGGACUAGAUACAAUCUCCCCGAUUUUAACGCAGGACAGGAGGUCCUUCACGACCACCAGCUUGAGCAGUGCUACAGAGGACAGUGAUGGCGCUCCAGUGUCAGCCAAGAAAGAGCCCAGAAAACGUCAAAAGAGCAAAAUCACCAAACCUUUGUCAGAUCUAGGGGUGUACACUCGUGGUUACAAGUGGCAUAGUUUCUCAUCCCCUGAGAGCCAGCGACCUAACCAUGUAUACUCAUUUGCAGAACGAUCAUUUGAGAGUAUUUGCCGCGAUGCCGAGAACAAAAUGCUAUUUGAAAAGCACAACCGAAAGUAUCUUACACGAGUCUAUCCCUCGGGGUUCCGGCUGAGGUCGUCCAAUUUUGACCCUCUCAAGUUCUGGAGACGCGGCGUUCAGAUGGCUGCCCUGAACUGGCAAACUUACGACAUUGGCAUGGAAAUGAACCAGGCCAUGUUCGCUGCCGGGAGUGACCGCACUGGCUACGUGCUCAAACCGGAAUCCUUGCGUGUUUCGAAUAUGUCCAGUGAAGGGAGCCCAGAACGAAAAGUCGUGAGAUUCACGGUUGAUGUCAUCUCAGCCCAGCAGCUACCUCGGCCCCGCAGCAUCGGCCCUGAUGACAGCAUCAAUCCCUACGUGGAAAUCGAGAUGUUUAGCGCAGAUGACCGAGGGCAGAGCUUCGUCGUUGGGGAAGGGGGCAUGAAUGCUUCUGCUCGCAGUGGUGUAUCAGGCAUCGGUUACCCGCAUCGCCGACGUACAAAGAUCGAGAAGAGCAACGGGUAUAGCCCGAUAUUCAACGAACGAUUCAGGCUCUCCUUAGAAACCAAGUAUCCGGAUUUGGUGUUCGUUCGCUGGACGGUCUGGAGCUCUGUAGAUGGGCGCAAUGCAGGGAGCAACAACUGUGUUCAGCUGGCCACUUUCACGGCAAAACUCAGCAGCCUGUCCCAGGGUUACCGUUACUUGCCUUUGUAUGAUGGUGGCGGCGACCAAUACUUAUUCUCCACCUUAUUCUGCAAAAUCACCAAAGAGAACCCGACGUCUGUACAGCGGCUAGAUGGCGACGAGCUAACAAGAGCCGAGCGGCCGGGUAUUUUUCGACAGAUCGGACAGUCCGUCUUCAAGCGCUCGUCAUCAGCGGAAAGGGAGAAAGACCUGCAGUCCGACAAAGGUAGCGAGACCCCAGCGAGCUUGGAGGAUAAAGAUGCUUCACCCAUUUUGACGCCGACAAUUUCUACCACAUCUACUGCAUCAUUGCCUCCUUGA